AUGGCCCACUUGCAUCCACAUCCACCGUUCCUUAAUUCCCCAGGAACGCCGCCUUUGCCGUGGAAACAAUGGCGUGGUUUGUUCGAAACAUACAUCAUUGCUAGCGGGGCUGAGAAAUACUCCGAUGAACGCAAACGGGCUUUGCUUUUGCAGUGUUUGGGACCUGAAGGUCAGCGGAAUUUUGGAACUUUGCCUACUACAACUUCGGCUACCAAUUCGCCGUCAUCCAGUGCGGAUGGAACCGCUCCAACCCAGCCUACGUACGCUGACACAUACGCCCGAUUACAGGCUCAUUUCCAGCCGACGGUGAAUGUGGUCGCCGAGCGUUACCGAUUUCGGCAGCGGGCCCAACGGACUGAUGAGCCUGUGGAACAGUAUGUCAUUGCAUUACGUCAACUGGCGGUGACAUGCGACUUCGGAUCACUCGCUGAUGAGAUGAUUCGAGACCAGCUGGUGGAGAAAACAUGCUCCUCAAGGAUCCGCGAGAGAUUGCUGCUUGAGCCCAAACUGACUUUGUCAUCUGCAUUGACACUGAGUCAACAAAUGGAGUCAGCUUUUCGCGAGUCCAAGUCCAUCUCCAACAGUGCUGCAAGCUUCGAUUCUUCCCAAGCUUCGAACAUUUCCAUCCUGCCACUUGUCACAUUCGACAAAUACUUCCUACGCGAGGCUCUACUACCCCCUCGGGCAAAGCUCACAACCUACUCCCAUCAGCCAAUAGCCAUCAAGGGAUGCUUCCGCACUUCAGUCUGCCUUGGUGACAGUCAUCAUGUCCCAGCAGAAUUUUACGUCGCAGAAUCUGGAGAUCCGAUCCUUGGGCUGGACAUUAUCCGCAGCCUUUCGCUUACACUCAAGCAAGACAAGGUAGUGCACGUUCCAGUUCACAAGGUGUCGUCUGCACCUGCAACUACGCCUGAGCCUACAGCUACAGCUACACCUACGCCUACACCUACAGCUACAGCUACACCUGCAACUACACCUGCACCUACCAGCAAACCAUCUGCACAUACAGAACAGCAUGCUCAAUACAUUCGCGCUUCGUUCCCUGACUUACUGAAGGGAAAAGUGGGUUUGGCUCGCGGGUUUAUCCAUCGUGUCAAGACACGGCCUGAUGUUACACCGACUCAACAGAGGUUGAGGCGACUACCCUUCGCAGUUCGCGAUCGAGUCAAAGCAGAACUACAGCGGUUGGAAAGCGAGCACAUAAUCGAGCGAAUUGAUGCGAGCGAAUGGGUAUCGCCCAUUAUUGUGUCCUACAAGAAAUCAGGCGCAAUUCGCUUGUGUGUGGACUUGCGGCAAGUCAACCAGGCAGUCGUCAUCGACAAAUUCACACUGCCCGACAUACAGGAACUUUUCUCCAAACUUCGGGGUGCUACGAUCGUGACCAGGCAGAACGUACACGACCAGAACCUUACUGCAGUGCUCCAACGUCUACAGGACAUUGGACUGAGACUGAAUACAAACAAGUGCCAGUUCAACGUUGCUUCACUACGAUUUCUCGGACAUGUCGUGUCAGGUAACGGAUUACAGCCUGAUCCUUCCCACGUUGAGGCCAUCCUACACGCGCCAUGCCCCACUGACGUCAUAACAUUACGCUCAUUCUUGGGGUUAGCAUCGUACUAUGCUCGAUUCGUACCAAACUACUCCACAGUCAUCGAGCCGUUACACGCACUCACUCGAAAAGACGUGCAAUUCUCCUGGACGCCGGAUGUGCAACACAGCUUUCACACGGUGAAAGAACUCAUCGCUAACUGUGUCACACUACGCUUAUUUGAUCCUGAUUUGCCAGUGAUCGUGUCUACUGACGCCUUUGCUUACGGCCUGGGAGCUGUGAAAGGAAACUCUGAAUCACCUAUCGCGUUUGCAUCACGAACACUCACCGCAGCUGAACGAAACUACUCUGUUGGUGAAAAAGAGGCCUUGGCGUACUGA